AUGGCUAGCACGACGGCAACCAAGGAAUUCCUUCAGGUCAUCCAGAACCGUCGCACCAUCUAUGCACUCUCCAAGAAGACCAUUCUGCCAGAUGAUGUUUUGAUCAAGUACAUCCAAGAACUUGUGCGUGAAGCGCCGUCGUCGUUCAAUGUGAUGUCGAGCCGCUGUGUGGUUCUUCUUGGAGCUCACCAUGACAAGUACUGGGGCGAGCUUGUGCCGGGGGCACUCGUUUCUAUCGUAGGUGAAGAGGGUCUCGCGGCGAUGCGCCCCAAACUUGAAGCUUUCCGUCAAGGAUACGGCACGAUUCUUUUCUUCGAGGACCAGCAGCUGAUCAAGGCUCAGCAAGAACAGUACCCGACUUACGCUCCGAGCUUCCCUAUAUGGUCACUUCAUUCUUCGGGUAUGGCACAGAUCUAUGUGUGGUCUGGCCUUGAAGCAGCUGGAUAUGGUGCAAGCCUUCAACACUACGGCAACCUGACGAGUGACGCGCUCAAGCAGCAAUAUAAGCUCCCUGCUUCGUACCAGAUCCAGAGUGAGAUGGUCUUUGGUUACCCUGAGCAAGGUGCACAGGAGAAGACAUACAACCCUGACCAUGAGCGCGUGAUUGCAUACGGCCACAGUGCCUAG